AUGGGUUUAGAUACAAUCGUGAAGAAUGGGCUUAUUGUCACAGAAAGCGGAGUGCUCCCUGCUGGGCAAAGUAUAGGGAUUUCGAAAGGGAAGAUAUCCGUCAUAGGGUAUGAUCUUUCCGAAGGGCCCGAGACCAAGAUCAUUGAUGCACAAGGGGCGUACAUCACUCCCGGUGGUGUAGAUUCACAUGUGCACCUUGCCCAGAGAAAUGCUCCCACCGGAGAUAGCUGGGAAACUGGUACUCGCAGUGCUGUUGCCGGUGGAACAACAACAGUGUUGGCAUUCACAUCACAGACAAAAGAAAUGACAACAUUGUUUCCCGUCCUAGAAGAAUACCAUGAAAAAGCCCGAGGGCAGGCAUACUGUGACUAUGGAUUCCAUUUCAUCAUCACAAAGCCCAACCAAACAAUCCUGCAACAGGAGCUCCCGUUACUGGUCAAGGAAGGAAUUACAAGUGUGAAACUAUACAUGACUUACGAGCUGUAUAAGCUAUCCGAUCAUGAGCUUCUUGAUACAUUACUCGCCUGUCGCUCUUUGGGAAUGACAACGAUGAUCCACGCAGAGAACGGCGACAUGAUUCAAUUCUUAGUCGAAGGACUCGAAAGGAAUGGUAACACAGCACCAUUCUUCCAUGCCAUCGCGGGCCCAAAAAUUGCAGAAGACGAAGCAUCUUACCGAGCGAUUAGACUCGCUGAGCUAGUCGAUGCCCCUGUCCUCCUAGUACAUGUAUCCGCCGACGGAGCAAUGAAGCACAUCAGAGACGCGCAGACACGACUUCUUCCAAUCCACGCCGAAACAUGUCCCCACUACCUCUUCCUCCUUUCCGCCCGAUUAGCCAACAAAGAGCAUGAUCAUUUCCACGGAGCAAAGGGUGUAUGCUCUCCGCCUCUUCGCCACAACAUCGAAGACCUAGAAGCUCUCUGGCGGGGCAUCGCCAACGACACAUUUACCGUUUUCUCCUCCGACCAUGCUCCGACCAAAUAUGACCAUCCGGAAGGAAAGAAAGCCGGAAUCAUCAACGGGAUUCCAAAAUUCAGCAAGAUCCCCAAGGGGAUUCCUGGCAUUGAAACCAGACUCUCUCUUUUGUUCAGUGAAUCGGAGGGAUGUCUUCCAAAGGACCGAGCAAGACUUAGCCUUGCGCGCUUUGUGCAGCUUACAUCUGGCAAUCCGGCGAGAUUGUAUGGAUUGACGCAGAAGGGUUCCAUUUUGCCAGGAUUCGAUGCGGAUUUGGUGAUCUGGCACCCGCAGGACGAGGGUGCAAGAACGAUUUCUCAGGUUAAUUUGCAUCAUGAUGUUGAUUAUACACCAUUUGAAGGGAUGCAGGUGAGGAAUUGGCCUCGCUUUACGAUGUUGCGUGGUGAGAUCGUCUGGAACGCAGAUGAGAACUUUGUUAGUGGCGUGAAAGGAUUUGGUCAAUUUAUCAAACGUGAUACUGGGCGUGUGCUGGUUGGGAAGACGGGACAACUUCCCCCUGGUAUGAUUGAAGGAGAGAGGGACUUUUGGCUCCCCAAGAGUCUGAAUUGA